AUGAAUUACACGGACCCCGAAGCAGCAGCUCGGCCUAGACAAAGUGUCGAAGAAUACGCGCUGGCAGACCUCCCUCUUCUCGCGGAUGAGCUUGCUCGAAAUCAUGACGAACUUGACGAACUUGACGCCUUCGAUGGGGAAACGGGGGACGACGUGCCAGCGGCCCGACGUUUUCAACGCCCCAGCAAGAACCGCUCCCCUAGUGAGCCUAGCCUGACGGUACGGGAAGCUAUCCGAGCAUACCCUGCAGCCAUCUUCUGGUCAUUUGCCGUCAGCAUGUGUAUCAUCAUGGAAGGCUACGACGCGAUAUUGAUUGUCAACUUUUUCGCGUUUCCGCAAUUCCAACGCAAAUACGGCGAGUUUGUUGGAGUUACAGAACAGACUCAGACUGGUUAUCAGGUAGCGCCAGCAUGGAUGGCAGCCGUUGGAAAUGCUUCGGGGUUUGGCGCAUUCCUGGGGACGUUCCUCAACGGGUACCUGGUCUCCAUCUUUGGGCAGAAGCGAGUCCUGCUGGGUGCCCUGGUCCUCCUCUCCUGCUUCAUCUUCCUCACAUUCUUCGCCCCGAACAUCCAGACUCUCCUCGUAGGACAGCUGUUGUGCGGGUUUCCCUGGGCAAUCUUUGCCACGACCGCACCGGCGUAUUCGAGCGAGAUUUUGCCCAUGUCGCUUCGAGUAUUCGGCACGUCGUGGGUCAACAUGUGCUUCAUUAUAGGACAACUCAUCAGUGCUGGGGUAUUGAGAGCAUGUCUCGAACGGGAUGAUGAAUGGGCAUUCCGCAUCCCCUUUUCAGUCCAAUGGAUCUGGCCGGCAUUCCUGAUCCCUCUCCUCUGCUUCGCUCCCGAAUCGCCAUGGCACCUCGUGCGACAGAACCGUCUGGCCGAAGCCGAAGCGUCGCUGCGGCGGCUUCAGCGCGCAUCCUACUCACGCGUCGACGUCACCCAGACGCUCGCCGACAUCAUCCACACCAACCGGCUCGAAGAGAAGCUCAGCGUCGGCACGUCGUACUGGGACUGUUUCCGCGGCUUCGAGCUCCGACGCACCGAGAUCGCGUGCGUCUGCUUCGCGGGCCAGGUGCUCUCGGGCCUGUCGUUCGCGUACAACGCGUCCUACUUUUUCGAGCAGGUCGGCCUCUCGGCUUCGACCUCGUACUCGCUCAACAUCGUCGGCACGGCGCUCGCCUUGCUCGGGACGCUGGUGAACUGGUUCUACUUCACGCCCCGCAUGGGCCGGCGCACGCUGUACCUGCUCGGCAUGUCCGUCAUGGCCGGCGAGCUGUUCCUGAUCGGGGCGCUGAACGCCUGGACGCACCGCGGGUUCGUCGCCGUGACGCAGGCCGGCCUCACGCUCGUCUGGACCUUCACGUACCAGGUGUCGGUGGGACAGCUGGGAUGGUCGUUCCCCGCCGAGGUCGGCUCGACGCGGCUCCGGCAGAAGACGGUCUGCCUCGCCAGAAACGCCUACUACGUCGUCGCCGUCGCCUCGGGCGUGCUGCAGCCCUACUUCCUCAACCCCGAGGCCCUGAACUUGAGGGGCUACGCCGGCUUCAUCUGGGGCUCGACCGCCGUCUUGACCUGGCUGUGGGCCUACUACCGUCUGCCCGAGACGAGGGACCGGACGUACGAGCAGCUGGACGUCUUGUUCGCGAAGCGUGUCUCGGCCAGGGAUUUUGCGAGGACCCGUGUCGUCGUCGACGACGACGAUGAUGAUGAUGAUGGUGGUGGUGGUGGUGGUGGUGUGACGAUGGCCGGACAAUUUCGCGGCGCAGCGGAGAGUCCGAGCGGUGGUCGGACGCCGCCGUCGGUGGAGGGUGCGUUCUCGAGUCAGAGGAACAGCAGUGGCACCGACGUUGAAAGACACUCGGCAGGGACAAGGAGACGGUCGAGUCGUGAUGGUGAAGUAGUAGUGGGACCAGAAGAAGAAGAAGAAGAAGUCCAGUUGCUUGGACGAGGCGAGCAGUAG